UAUGUCAGAGAGGUCUUUAUCUCCACCAGAUUAUCAUGAAUUAAAACAUGCAAAAUCAAUCAUGGUCAUUAAAACUUCAUUUAAAAAGAGAAGAUCAAUUUGUAUUAAAACCAAUCAAAAAUUAUAAUUGGAAUUAAACAGAUGUAAUCUAUCUUGUGAAUGUUCAAAUUGUGGUAAACCUAUAGGAUUUUAAUUAAAGAUUCAUGGAGAAUUACCUCUCAAAGAAACUCGGUAAUAAUUCUUUCUAUUAUAUUAGUUAUUAGAAAAAGAAAAGAGUCUUAAAAAGAUUCAAAGCUAUUGGAAAUGCUAUUAUUUUCAUUCUUCUCUAUAAAUUAGAGGCUAUAAAAAAGUGGAAAAAGAAAAUGUAUCUUCUUAAAGCAGCCAGAAAUUUAACUAUUAUAAGAAGACCUGCAGUUCUACAAUCAGUUCAUUUAUUACCAAAUCUUUAACCUAUGAAAUAACCAAUCAAGUACUUUUUACUUUUUGAAAGAACGAAAUAAUUAUCUAUUAUAUCAAUAUCCAUUCAAGCAUUCCCAUGAAUCCUC